UAAUUUAACUAAAUAUAAAUAAAUCACAAGUGCAUUUUAAAAAAUUAGAAAAAAAAGUGUUUAACAAUCGAAAAGUACUCGAGUGAGAAGAACACCAGAAAAAUCCACAAAUGCGACACUUCUCAUCACUUUUGUCUCAAAAGCAAUAAAUAAAAUCUGAAAAAUUGUUACAAUUGCAAGACAAGUUAAGCAAAAAAAAAAUCUAAAAAAAAAUUAAAGAGCCAAAUCAAAAUAAAUAAAAAAAAAAUUGUGUAGAAGUGGUGCUUUCUUCAACAAAAAAAAAAUCGUCGGACUAUGACUGCGUACAGGAGAAACAGCGAGUUGUUGAUUUGAAUUAAAUAUAAACAUUUGGACAGAGAGGUGAUUAGACACGACACACCAGUGGAUAAAAGUGGAAGUGUUAAAAAUAAUUCAGAAAAAAAUAAAAAAAAUUAAACAAUGGAAAAGCCAGGCAGCCCCACAUCGCAGCAAUUUUGUCUGCGAUGGCAUAACCACACAACAAGUCUCCUGAGUUCCCUGCCCGGCUUACUCGAUCAAUCGCACUUGACAGACGUGACUCUUUCGGCCGAAGGUCGCACCAUAAAAGCGCACAAAAUAAUCCUCAGUGCCUGCAGCACAUUUUUCGCGGAACUUUUCAAGAAUUUGGAUGCGACGCCACAUCAACAUCCUGUGAUAAUUUUGCCGGGCACGUCGUUCCCAUCGAUUGUCGCCCUCAUGCAAUUCAUGUAUGCUGGAGAAGUGAAUGUCUUCGAGGAGCAAAUUUCGAAUUUGCUGUCGCUUGCGGAGACGCUCGGCAUUAAGGGAUUGGCCGAUUUCAAUAAUGGAAAAUCUCCGAACAAGUCUGAGACAAGUUUGUCGUCGCCGCAACGUGAAAAGGAUUCCGACUCACCUCGUUCGUCGACCCCAAAACAGCAACAAUCGCCCUUGGAAUCGUUUUUCUCGCGUUCGCUGAAUCUUUUUCCGCACAUGAUGCCCGAACCGCUCAACUAUUCAAACGCUCGCAGCAACGACAUCCUCAACCGACUCACACAGUCCACGUUGAAACUUCCCCACAGUCCAAAAAGUGCUUCUGCCGUGGACGAAAAUGCCAAUGCAAUCGAAGAAAAUCGUACCAAAUCGCCUUUCGAGCGACGUGCCAGCUCCGUGGGUCCCGUUUCGCGUCAAACGUCGUCUGCGGACAUCAAGAGAAUCGAUAAAAUUGCCGAAACGCUAAGGACCGUCAACAAGAGUUACUUUGAGCAAUUGGCUAGUAAUGCGAGCAGCAAAGCAUGCACCAUGAUUCCUCAUUCCCCGCCCGUGUCGUUGGCACAAAUGAACAAACAACCAGCAUUUCCGCCGAAUUUCCCCGGGCACUUUUUGUCCGAAGACAUGGGAAUUCGUCGAACGCCGGAAAAUAUGCUGUUCGAGCCGCAAAUGAGCAUGACGGAGAAUUUUGGCACCGCAACGGCGGAAAUGAUGAUGGAGAAACCGGCAUUACCGAAGCCAGCGAAUCAAAAGUUGUAUGCCACGUGCUUCAUCUGCAACAAAAAGCUAUCGAAUCAGUAUAAUUUGCGUGUGCAUCUGGAAACGCAUCAAAAUAUGAGAUAUGCAUGCCAAGUGUGCAAUCACGUGUCUCGCAGUAAAGACGCUCUCCGCAAGCACGUCUCAUAUCGUCAUCCCGGCACAAGUACUUGCGAUCCGGAUGCCAAACGUAAGCGAAAUCGCAUGAACGCUCUCCCAAUUCCCCUUUCGCCGACUGCACAAGCGACAAUGAUGCUGCAACAACAAGCGACAAACAUGCAAAUGCCUGGCGGGAUCUUUAUUCCGCCCCAAAUGAUGCCCGACAUGAAUCCGCAGCAAUUUCAAAUUAAACAUGAGCCUGUGACAACACACGAAAUUCGCACCUCGCCCAUUAUCAGCAACAGUAAUCAGCCGGAAAUCAAGUCGGAGCCACAAAAAUCGCCGGUGCCAGCUACGACAACAACUGAAACUGCAAUGGAAAUCAAAUGUGCAAAACCAUCUGAAAUCUGGCAGAAGUGUCAAAGAAUGAAACGAUCUUGGAGUGGUCCACUUUUUAAUGCAAAACGAUGUAAUCAGGGCAACGAUAGACUUGUUCCAGAUAUUGAUCCGGGAGGCCCGAGCUCAAGUAGCGACGACAAAAAUCACGUGAAGCACGGAAAACCCGUGGAUCGGUUCAACGUGAAGAAAGCUGGAAACUACAUUUUGGGACCAUUGAUCAGCAAUUCUCCGAUCGAGUGUUUGCAACAUCGGCUUGCACGUAAAAGUGGCACAAAUGAGUUCUACGUCCUCAAAAUCCUCACGCUCGACGAUAAUCCAAAGUCGGAGAAGGAAGUGCGGGACAUGAUGCAAGGCAAAGUCCUGCUCCACAGCGAAUAUAAAUUGCUGUCUCUUUGCAAGGACAUCGAAGGUGUCAUCCGCUCCCACGGACUUUUUUCGGAUUUUGUGCUGGAGGAGAAAUACACGAUGGACCGAUCACCCAUGGAACACAUCUACACGGGAAAAAUCCUCAAAAGGAUCGUUCUCGUGCUGGAUUGCAUCUGUCCGCACGAGUUUGAUGCCAAGUCUUCGGCUUACAUUAAUUUGCAUCACUACGUGCAAAAGGCAAAACUCCCGGAACGCGAUAUCCUCGGAAUUGUACGAAAAAUCUGUGAAAUUGUCGAACGCUUGCACGAACGGAACAUCAUCCACAGCGACUUGAAACUGAAUAAUAUCGUACUGGAUCGCGUUUCGAACAAAGUUUACAUCACAAAUUUCUGCUUGGGACGUCUUCUGGCCUCGGAUACUUCCUUUUUCAAUGAUCAACGUGGCUCGCCGGCGUAUAUUGCGCCGGAAAUUCUCUCGGGAAAACCGUAUCGUGGCAAGCCGUGUGACAUGUGGGCACUUGGAGUGAUGUUUUAUACCAUGAUUGUUGGAAGAUUUCCCUUUGUGGAUAGUACACCGCCCGCACUUUUCAAAAAAAUCAAACAUGUGGACUUUAGUUUUCCGCCAGAGAAGAAAAUUAGCACAGACACGAUGGCGCUGAUUCGUUCGCUGUUGUGUUUGAGACCCGAAGAUCGCAAUACGGCAUCGGAAACGCUUGCCGCACUGGACUUGAUUAUCCAAAAGCAAUUAAAAAUGAAACGUUCAAUGGACCAAAUUGUGCCAGACAUCGAUUCGCCGGCAUCUUGCAAACCCAUAAGCAAUCGCAACAAAGCGGAACCGUCGUUAGAACUGUCUCGCGAGCCUUUCAGCUUGACACUCGAAGCAAAAGAGAAGACAAAUCGCGAGAAACAAAGUUUCAUUCGACCAAACACGUUGUCGCCGCAACGAUAUCUCGUUAAUCGCGCACUUCUCUCGACUUCUGGAGAGCCUGUGACACUUUCCUACCCGCCGCGCAUUUCCCUAACACACCAAAUUAACAAUUUAUCGCUGCGAACGCGACUCGACGACAGUUGGCACACGCAACUUUCCGCCCUUCAGCGACAAAUAACGGGCAGCAGUAGAGAUUCCUCGCCCAGCAACACCUCAACGACGUCGACAGUCGCCGCAAAUCCAAAUUCUCCCACACAAAUCACCGUCAGUGGAUCCCGGAGUCAGGCUUACGUGCAAUCCUUGUUCAAUAUUCUCAAUGGAUUGUUCACGCGAGGACGUCUCCCAGCUGUCACAUCGGAAUUUCGGGACUUUAAUGGAAUUGUCACGACGGAACUUGCCUCGAAAAUUGCAAAUUUUCUGAAAAGGAAUUGUGCCGCGCAUUUGUUGGUGAGGGAAAUUUUCACACAAGACGACAGUGCGACGGCAGACCAAACGAAUGUCAUAAAACUCUUUCGCCUCUUCAAUAUCCAGAUGGAACAACUGCCCGACGAGACAAUUGUCAUUAAGCAGGACCAAUCGAUUAAUAAUGCGAUUUUUAUGACAUUCAUGAUGCAAAUUGCCGGCUUUAACAACAACUACUUCAUACCCGAUAGAAAUUAGAUGAAUAUGAAGAAAAAUGUUAUAUAUUUGUGAUCGAAUUUGUAUUUUUAGGGGUUUUAUUGUAUCAAUUUGAAUAUUAUAACACAAAAAAAAAAACAAACACACAACAUGUACUUUGACCUUCUCCGUAAAUACACAAAAAAAAAUACACUUCAUUGAAUAAAAGCUAAUCUUAAAUUUGAAGAUUUUUUAUAGUCUGAAUUAUAUUAUAUAGAUAUAGUGGAGAUGUCUUUUU